UACGUCACAUGACGCAGCCCAUCAUGGCGCCGGGAGCGCGGCUGCCUGGGCCCGCGGCUCCGCAGGGUCGCUGCUGUUGCUACUGUUGAGAGGCAGCGGAGACGGCAGCGCAGACCCGCGGGAAUGAUGGUGUUUCUCCAGCCGGAGCGGCGGGUGCGGACCAGAAGCCAGGUUGAGUUUGGGCCGAAGCAACGCGUGCUCUGGAGCAGCCAGCGCGGGUGCCGCUGAGGCAGGACCGACUGGCGGACGGACCGACCCUCGGAAGGCGACCCGAGAGCCGGCCCCAAGGGGCCGCGCCGUGGUCGAGAUGCCGGGGCCGCCCGCAUUGCUGCUGCUGCUGCUGCUGCGCCUGGUCAUCGGUUUUGCCGGGGCCGCGCCACUUCCGCAAACAGGUGCAGAUGAAGCACCUGUUACAGAAGUUCCCUCAACAUUUGUGAUCCUGUCUGUGUGCAGUUUAAUGAUAUUAAUAGUGUUAAUUGCAAACUGUGUUUCCUGCUGUAAAGACCCAGAAAUAGACUUUAAGGAAUUUGAAGAUAAUUUUGAUGAUGAGAUAGAUUUCACACCACCAGCAGAAGACACCCCAUCUGUUCAGUCCCCAGCAGAGGUCUUCACACUCUCAGUACCAAAUAUUUCACUCCCAGCUCCAUCACAGUUCCAGCCUUCUGUGGAAGGUUUGAAGUCUCAAGUUGCCCGCCACAGUCUAAACUAUAUACAGGAAAUUGGAAAUGGCUGGUUUGGAAAGGUCCUCCUUGGAGAGAUUUAUACAGGCACAAGUGUAGCACGAGUAAUAGUGAAAGAGUUAAAAGCAAGUGCAAGCCCAAAGGAACAAGAUACUUUUUUGAAAAAUGGGGAACCUUACUAUAUUCUUCAGCAUCCAAAUAUUCUCCAGUGUGUUGGACAGUGUGUAGAAGCAAUUCCGUAUCUUCUGGUGUUUGAGUUCUGCGACUUGGGCGACCUGAAGGCUUACCUGCGCAACGAGCAAGAGCAUGUGCGGGGCGACUCGCAGACCAUGCUGCUGCAGAGGAUGGCAUGUGAGAUCGCUGCGGGGCUGGCCGCUAUGCACAAACUGCACUUCCUGCACAGUGAUUUAGCGCUGCGAAAUUGUUUUCUUACCUCUGACUUAAAUGUGAAAGUGGGAGAUUAUGGAAUCGGAUUCAGCAGGUACAAGGAAGAUUAUAUUGAGACAGAUGAUAAAAAAAUUUUCCCUCUGCGAUGGACUGCACCAGAAUUAGUAACCAGCUUCCAAGACAGACUACUGACUGCAGAUCAAACUAAGUAUAGUAAUAUCUGGUCUCUAGGUGUGACACUUUGGGAGCUUUUUAAUAAUGCUGCUCAGCCCUAUGCAAACCUGUCUGACCUGGAUGUCCUCAAUCAGGUCAUCAGGGAGAGAGAUACAAAGCUCCCAAAGCCACAAUUGGAACAACCCUAUUCCGAUAGAUGGUAUGAAGUUUUACAGUUGUGUUGGCGGUCACCAGACAAACGGCCAGCAGCUGAAGACGUGCACAGACUGCUGACAUACCUGCGCAUGCAGAGCCAGCGGGACCCAGAAGUGGACUUUGAGCAACAGUGGAACGCUCUCAAGCCAAACACCAACAGCAGAGACACCUCAAGCAAUGCCGCAUUCCCAAUUCUUGACCAUUUUACCAGAGAUCGGCUUGGUCGAGAGAUGGAAGAGGUCCUCACAGUGACUGAAACAAGCCAGGGGCUGAGCUUCGAAUAUGUGUGGGAGGCCGCCAAGCAUGAUCAUUUUGACGAGCGCAGCCGGGGACACCCAGAUGAAGCCUUGUCCUACUCCAGCGUCUUCUUUCCUGUUGAAGUGUUCGAAAGCUCCCUUUCAGAUCCCGGGCCUGGGAAACAAGAUGACAGUGGCCAGGAGGUCCCCCUUAGAGCCCCUGGAGUGGUUCCUGUUUUUGAUGCUCACAACCUUUCUGUUGGAAGUGACUAUUACAUCCAGUUAGAAGAAAAAAGCAGAAGCAACUUGGAGCUCGAUUACCCACCUGCAUUGCUCACAACGGAAAUGGAUAACCCAGAAAAGACAGGAACUGAGGCAUCCCAGUUGACAGCCCUCAAGAACCUUGACUUUGAGGAAUCUAGUACAGAUGAGGAUUUCUUUCAGAGUAGUACAGAUCCUAAAGAUUCUAGCAUAGCUGAAGACUUCCAUGUUACCAGUGGCCCUGAAAGCCCUUUCAACAAUAUAUUCAAUGAUCUUGAGAAAACUGAGGAUUUGCCCAGCCACCAAAAUAUAUUCAACUUAAUGGAACUCAAUGGGGUUCCUGCUGACUUUAAGCCAACUACAUUAGGUUCGGGUUUGGAGGAUCCCAGAAAGUCAAGAAUAACCUGCCACUCAGACAGAGAAAAGCCCCAUAAGCUUUUUGACCAUGAGCCUUUUUGUUUAUCAGAAAAUCUUUUGCAUCAAGAUCACUUUGAUUCAUUGAAUGUUCAAGAAUUGUCAGAAAACUUUUUAUUUCUUCAAGAGAAAAACUUACUAAAAGGCUCACUGUCCAGCAAGGAGCUUAUAAAUGAUCUUCACACAGAACUUAAGAAUGCUGGUUUUACUGAAGCUCUGAUGGAAACAUCACAUAGAAACUCUCUAGACAGUGAGCUUAAAUUUCCUGAAGAUACACCCAGCUCUCCUUUGUCACAGGAGAACACAAGCACCAAGGUUGAAGAUGCAGGUGUCAAGGUUACCACUCAGAGCACCUCAGCACCAUCUUUCCUGGAAAUACCGACACCACCUACCUCUCUCACAGCAAAAGAAACACUUCUUGGUGGCCCCUCAGAACCACUCUCGAAGGCAGGAGAAAGCAAGCCCACAGGUUUGGACUGCAGCAUCCCUGAGGACUGUCCAUGCCAGGACCCUACCCCAGACUCGGUGACUGCCCGCACUGAAUUUCCCUCCACUGAUGCCAACACCCAUAUUGUGGACCAUAGGCCCCCUGACAGGACUCACCAAAAUAAGGAGGCCUUAAAACUAACCAAAAGGGAUGCUGCCCUCAUGGAUGGUAUUCUUGCCAAUCAGGCCAGUACAGAAUCCAGACAAGACUUACAAAACCAGCCCUUUUCAGAAGACCAGCAUGGUGGCAGUUUGCAGAAGAAAAACUUAGAAGCUAUUGAGACUUUAAAUCAGUUCAAUUCUAAAGAUGCCACCAAAGACAUAGGCUUGGCAUCCACCCUUUCCUCAGAUUCUACCAGCCAGGACAGCCUCCUGGAAGACAGCUUAUCCACAGCCAUCCCGACCUCUGAGCAAUCAGUGGAAACCCCAGACUCCCUGGAUUCUGUGGAUGUCCACGAAGCAUUACUGGAGUCCUUAGUCUCCCACACCCCUCAGAAACUCCUACCCCCUGAUAAGCCAGCAGACAGUGGCUAUGAAACGGAGAACUUGGAGUCUCCUGAGUGGACUCUGCAUCCUGCCCCCGAGGGCACCUCAGAUUCGGACCCAGCCACUGCUGGAGACCUUGGGCAGAGCAGCUUGCCCCCCAACCCAGUCAUCGUCGUCUCAGAUGCAGCCAGUGGCCACAGAGGUGCAGAAGGCACCUCACAGACCUUUGCCUCAGGCUCGCAGAGCUCCUAUCGAGACUCUGCAUACUUCUCGGACAAUGACUCGGAGCCAGACAAAAAGUCUGAGGAGGUCCCAGGAGCCUCCACCUCAGCCUUGCUGUUAAUAAAAGAUCAGUCACAGCCUGAGUCAGUCAUCCCAGAGCAAAGCCCAGGUGCCAAAGAUGGCUGCCUAGAAGCCACCAAAAGCCAGCCCAAUCAAAGUUACCCGUUGAUUCUAGAAAAUCCCAGUAACCUGCAGUUAGAAAUGUUGGAGCCAGCACAGACAGAUGUUUCCAGACAGACACAUCCUGUGGAAGAUGAGGCCAACAGCCCCUUAAGUUUGCUGAAUUCAGAACUGAGCAGUGGUGAUGACUUUGAGACACAGGAAGAUCACCCCUGCACCCUCACUUCCACAGGAACCAACACUAAUGAACUCCUUGCGUACACAAACGCUGCUAUAGACAAAUCCUUCUCCAGCCACUCUGAGGGUCCCAAGCUGAAGGAGCCCGACAUCGAAGGGAAAUACCUGGGGAAACUCAGCGUGUCUGGGAUGCUCGACCUGUCCGAGGAUGGGAUGGACGCCGAUGAGGAGGAUGAAAACAGUGACGACUCUGACGAGGACCUGAGGGCCUUCAACCUGCACAGUCUCAGCUCUGAGUCAGAAGAUGACACGGAGCACCCUGUGCCAGUGAUCCUCAGCAAUGAAGAAGACAGUCGGCAUUUGCGGAGCCUCCUGAAGCCGGCAGCAGCUGCAACAGUGGCCAUCAGUCAGCUGCCCGAAGACUGGAAGAAGGAAAAAAAGGCAGUCACUUUUUUCGAUGAUGUCACAGUCUAUCUGUUUGACCAGGAGACCCCAACCAAAGAGCUGGGGCACUGUGGAGAAGAAGCACACCACCCUGGGCCCAGCAGCUCGGCACCCACCUCAGACUCACCCUAUCUGAGCAGGUGUAUAAACUCUGAGAGUUCCACGGAUGAAGAAGGUGGAGGCUUUGAGUGGGAUGAUGACUUCUCCCCAGAUCCUUUCAUGUCAAAGACAACAAGCAGCCUUCUAGGUUCCAAGCCUUCCCUUCAGCCGUCCAAGUACUUCUCCCCUCCACCGCCAGCCCGGAGCACAGAGCAGAGCUGGCCACACGUGUCACCCUGCUCCAGGUUCUCCAUCUCUCCCGCCAACAUUGCCAGCUUCUCUCUCACGCACCUCACUGACUCGGACAUUGAGCAAGGAGGCAGCAGCGAAGAUGGAGAAAAGGAUUAGGUGGCCUCGCAUACAGUCUCCAGGCCAGACUGUUCUGACCCAUGAGCCCAAGCAGCAGCAGCAGCUGCCGUGAGACCUGAGGACCCUGGAGGCCACGCUCGGCGGCUGUCCCAGCCACCCACUGCAGCCGCACCCUGAGGGCCUCUCACACUUGCAGCGCUCACACUCUGAUCGUCCGAAUUGCUUGGGGGAAACUGCGUGGCAGGGUGUGCUGUUUUCUGUGCUGCUGUCUUUUGUGUCCACACCUGUUGCCUCCGGGUCUGGACAUGAGUGCCACGGAGGAUGCCCCAGGGGAAUGGUCACAAGUGAGCCAUAUUUACUGUUUUAAAAGAAAUCACUAAUUGCUCUGUAAUUGCACUGUGGAUAAGUGUUCCAAGAGUCCCCAAUAUUGUACAGAAUCGUAAAUUAUUCAAGGAAAAUAAGGCAGGUCAAGCUGGUGCUAUCCACUAGUUUGAUUUUUUUUUUUUUUUUUUUCCUGUUUGAUAGUUUGUUUGCCCUGCAUGGUACUUGUAAAGCUUAAAUAUUUUGAGUGAUAUGCUGUCUUCAGAAUUAUUGGAGCUGUAUAUAUGGUACUGUUUCAUACAUGAUACUGAUUCUGAAUGUUAGUGUUUUAUGUUCUUAUAGGAAAUAUUUUUGAUGAGUCCCAAAAUACUGCUCUGUUACUUACAAUGAUUGAAUCAAACAUGUUUCGUCUCUUCCCUAGAAGGUGGUUUCCCUGUGGCAAAUACAGCUUCUCUGGGCUGCCAAAAUCUUGCAGCCUCCCUAUAAGAUUCCCUCAUCCCCCUGGUGUUUAAGACUGACAGGGGCACCCCACACUCAGUUUUGGAUUGCAGUGUGGUGUGGCAGGUCAGGCUGUGGGAGUCCUGCUGAGUCCUCCUUUUAAGAAGGUGGACGCCUCAGAGGCAUACAUGUUCCCAUGAGGGGCUCUGGCUGCGUGAGGAGGAUUGGUCCACUGCAGGUGGUAUUGUUUCAAGCUCUUAAAACAUUUCCAGAGCUGGAUUUUCAGCUUGGCACCAUUCCAAGUCCAGCCAGGAGCGGCCAAUCUCUGUGACCCAGAACAACACCGCAUUGCACAGCCGUGCUCACUCUUCUUCGCAGCCAUGGAAAAGGGCAAAGGGACCACAGCAGAAGCCCAGCAGCUGAUGCAUCCUCCUUAGCGGGUUCAUGGUCUUCACAGCUCCCAGGGCCCAGCUGCCUGGCCCUUUCCUCCUGCUGUAGGCACCAAGUCCUCUUCUUGCUUUGAAAGGAACUGAGCAUCUCCAAUGUGGCUUCGUCUAAAACCAGUGUCCUUCACACAAAGCUGACCUCAUUGUCCUGGCCUAGAGAACUGCCUGGACGUCAGGAGGUCCCCCGUGGCUGUGCAGCAUGGCAGCACUGAGCAGAGCCCUGAUCCUACUGGAUGGUACCCUACAUCAGCCCUUUACCCCGGCUCUUUCCCGGUGCUGAUCUGCUUCCCACACUCCAGUGUGACGCUGGGACGCCUCCAGGCCCUGGCUGUCACCUGCAGGACUUGGGUCCCAGUGCAGACUGCAAAUGUGGAUGUUGCCUAGAGUUUACAUAGUAAAUUAUGACCUUUCUUAUCGAUUCUGAUUCACUCUGUGAAUUUUUUUAUACUAAGCAAUAAUUUUCCAAAGCAAGAAAAUUCUGAAUAGAGUUGCCCUUAUCCCCCACUUGGUGUGAACUGAGCGUGUACCAAGGACCUGCAGGGAGCACUGGCUCUUGGAACACCUGUAUUCUAAAAACAGGGCCUUUGAAGGUGAUGUUGCCAAAACUGUCAUAACUCUGAAUUUCUUACCAUGGAGACUUCUCGAGUUUUCCAAAUUUUUACCUCUACCUACUAGUCUUAAUUGAUUGAGAGAGAUGAGAGGCAAUUAGAUUAUUUAAAAUAUAGGUCCAAGGAAUUUAUAAUUUAACAAUUAAAAUCAAACAUUCAUAGACUAUAUGGCCUUCUCAUACAGUAAGCCCAGGAUACGUUUAUGGAUAUUUCAGAGCUGUACAUUUUCACUAAGCUAAGAUUUUAACAUGAAUCCCAUUUUUAAUUUUUAUAUCACUUAUAAUUUAUUGCCAAAAAAAGCAUUUUGUACAUUGAGUGGGGGGCGGGGUAGACUGAACUAUGGUGUUGCAUGGAAGGGGAGACUAUCUCUCAUCAACAUGUGAAUCAGUGUGUUCUUAUGGAAUCUGAAGCAAUACAAAGAAGUUUAACUAAAUAGAUUAAAACUUCAGCCCAUUUUUGAAAUGUCAGCACAUACCGUGUUUUUUGUUUUUACUUAUUAGUUACCAGUGGUAGGUUUUCCAACAUACUUGUUCUAAGAAGUUACGCAAUGAAAUAAAUCAGUGGCAUCCUCUAGAUGACGUGGGGAGAUGACGUGGUUGGCAGAGUGUGUGUAUUUUAGAUCCUUCAGUAUAAGUCAUCUACCCUUCAUUUCCCUCCUAGCCAGAUGCUGAUUUGUGUUAUUCACUGAUCCAUCAUAAAACAGAAAGAGGUAGAGAACGUGCUCCCAGAGCCUCUUGCGAGUCCACAUCCGGGUCAGCAGCUGUCCAUCUUCAGGAUGUGGGAGGCAGGCUUAACUCUGUGGAAUUGACAUCCGCUCUCUUUUAAAUGUCCGGCCCCACUAUUUCAUACAGGCUUUAAGAAAAGUCCUUGUAUGUCUUGCUGUCAUGAAAGGUCUUUCAAAACUCUUUUUAUUCGUACUUCCCAUAGAGUGUUUAUAGUUAAUGACCUGUUACAUAGCUGGCCCCAGGACCAGGUGGAAGGGAGGCAGCUCCUCAUUCUCCUCUACCCAGCCCCUCCGUCACCUGAAAAUUCAAACGGCAUCUUUCAAGUUUUGGGCUUCAGAGCAUUGGCCUUGAGAGAAGUAGCCUUAAAAUAAGAAUGGGUGUACACACUGACUUCAGAAAAAUCGCAAAACAAUAUUCCUAAGUAGUAAUAGGUUGGCUGAAGUUCUGGCUGUUGAAAACUCUAUUUAUUAUGUAAGUUCUAAACGUAUUGACAGUAUUGUACCACCAAAACUUGUUCGGUCCCCUUAAAAGGCUCCAACAGGGGCUGUUAGAUUAUGGUGAUCUGUGGAGGGACAGCUGGGUCCUGACCACAGGACUGGUGCGUCGCAUACCCACUGUUUCUUCCUGUCUGCAGACAAGGACCUGGGCAGUGAUCACACCUACCAAGUCUCACACACCUCCAGGUUGUACUAACCACAGUCGGAAAGAGGUUCACUGCAAUAUAACAGUUAAUGAACUUCAGUUUAAAUUGUGUACAUUUUUAAAUUGUAAGAUUUUUACUGUAUAUUGAUGCAUAGUGUGAUUCAAUAAAUUGCUUGUAAUUUAAAAACUAUUUAAUAUUCAAAAUAAAUAUAGUUAUAUAUUUAUAAA